GCUCAUUAGCUGCGGCUUUCUGCGAAACGCGCCUCGAAUGGUUGGGUCGCCUUGUCCGUAGCCCUGCAUGCCGCUGUACGUGUAUGUAUGUAUGUAUGUAGUUGUUUAUGUGUAUUUUUGUUGGUGCGAGGCUGGCUGCUUAGGCCUUCGAUUCAACUUACCGCCUCGUGUCGACAUCGUCAACCCUGUCGGCUUCGCACGCAAAUUUUUGCCCGGUCAUCACCGCCGCCUGAACCAUGUCUGUGUAUGUCUGUCCGUCUGUAUUCUCUACAUAGCAUGAUGCCCAACGCGCCGAAAGACCCGACAUCAAAUCUGAUCCAGGACCAUGGAUCGUGAUGGGAAUCCUUCUUAAUUUCUAGAAAGUCGUUAUAUUCAUGGGAC